AUGGAUCCCUUGAAUAUCACGACAGCUGUGCUUCGGAUCACGACGACCUGCGUUGUAGCUGCCAAAGAGCUCAACGAAAUUCGUACCGCGUGGAAACGUGCGCCCGUUACUGUGUCCUCACUCUGUUCGCAGCUUAAACUCACGGGUGCCUCGCUGUCGCAGAUCCAGUCGCUACUUCUGAGUGACACAGAUGUCCUGCAGGAGAAGCCGACAUUGAUCGAGACGUUGGACACGACUCUGACAAGCUGUCUAGUGCUUUCAACAUGGCUUGAGAAGUACAUGCUGAAGAUCACAAAAGGUGUCCUUGAUACAUCCAGGCUAAAUUGGAAAGCAAAGUUCAAGACCCUUUGGAAUGAUGAUGAAGUCAAAGAGCUCCAAAGGCAGCUGCAUGAACAGCAUACUGCCAUCAGCGCACUGAUUGGGCUACUACAAAUGGAUUCAUUGACCGAGAUGAAGAAGCUUAUCCAAAAGCAUGGCAAAAUGCUUCAAAGAAUUGCGAAUGACACUCAACGCAUGCGAGAAGCUCAUUCGAUAGAAGCGGCGGAAUCCAUAUUGGGUACCGAUGACUCGAGCAGUAUCUUCAGCAAGCUCCCGAUCCGUACUGAUAUCAGUGACCAUCAUUCCGGAAGUCUUUUCGAAUCCGAGGUCCUAAGAUCGAAGGUGUAUUCGAAGGCACUGAACAACACUAUGGAACAGACAGCAAGUAUCGAACCCGACGAUAUGAACACCGUCGCUGACGAUGGCAUGACUAUGUACAACGAUGAUUCAGAUUGUACUAUAGACUCGCCAAUUACUAAGGAAGAUCCAAAUUUUGCUCUGAUAGCCGGGACCCCUAGAUUUGCUCCUUUGCGUGGUUCGUUCACAAGCGCGAUCCGCUAUCUCCGUGUUGGGAAAGCCGUAGCUUGCAGCUUGGAAGACUACACUGCUCAAAGCCCCGAGGAGCUGAGCCUCAAACGUAGAGAUGAUGUCGUCGUAUUACGGAAAUUGGAUGAGUGGCGAUAUUUGGGUGAUAACUAUAAAACUAACGUACAAAGAACUGGCACAGUCGAUCGUAGAAGAGUCGAAAUGCGGUACCGCUUAAACGUACCCCUGCAGAUCAAAGCCAGCAGGAACUCCGGAUGUGAUAGUGAUCAGGAACAUUACUCUUACUAUCUUAAAGGGGAUGCACUAGAGAUCAAGGCAAGCGCCAGGAAUCUACAUCAUUGCAACAGUUCUGACAAUGGCAGACCAUACUUCAUAGUGUAG